AUGUGUGAACAAAUAACUCCAACAGUUGGUAUGAUCGCAGGCAGUAAUUUUAGUCGAAAUACUAACAAAAAUGCACGGGUACCAUCUUUACCAAAAUCAAAUCGUACGGUGAAGCUUGUUGCAUACAUACAAGCGACAACAUUUGCGUCAACCAGGGCUAUAAUUGGAUUUCGAAUCAAUUAUUCAUCAGCCAGUCCCAUUUUCAAGGAAAUUGAAGUACCUAUCAUUGCUGAUUAUAGGGAUUUUAAAAAUAUUUGGAAUCCAUCCUUCAACUUUUCACUGGUCUCAAAAGCAACUGAAGUUGAAAAGUUUUUUGAAGUUGAAUUCAUUCUAACCGCUCCUCCAGCAUCUAGACAACUUUACGCAGUAGAAUUAGGUAUUGGACGUGUUAUUUUGGGUGAGAUAUGUCACUGCAGUAUCACUAAAGUUGGAACAGGAAUCAAUACCCGAAUACCAGGAGUGAGUUUUUAA